CCUCUGCGCCGUGCUCGGCACACCUCGCCCGACGACGCCGCAAAGGCGGCCAAGCGCCUCGCCUCGAUCGACGCCGCCUUCAACCGCGCCGCCGGCUACGACCCUUCCCGGUACGCCCAAGAGGGCGACCAACCUCGGCGCAAGCGCUCGCGGCGCGCCGUCGUGCCGGAUGACGAGGAGGAGGACCGCGACGAGGACGACGUCGAGAUGGAGCUUGUCGCGGGACCAGGGGCAGAUGCUGGCACGGCGAGCAGUGCGGCCGAGCCAGGAGGACUCGGCGGUGGGUUCCUGCCCGAGCCGGCGGAUGGCGGUGCUGCGAGCGGAGGAGGGUUCGUCGUCGAGGACGGCGGUCAGCAGGCGGGCGGUUUCCUCCCCGAAUCUCGAGGCGGCGGCGGCGGCGGGUUCCUCCUCGACGACGAAGAGGGCGCGAUGAUCGGUGGAGGCUUCCUCCCUGAGCCAUCGGCGAGCGGUGCGGGCGACAGCGGCGGCUUCCUCCUCCCCGACCCAUCUUCGACCGACACGCCGAUGCGCCCCGCCGAAUCUGACUACGGCGGCGCCGGCGGAUUCCUCCCCCCUCCCGACAACCUCUCUCGCGACGCCGACCCUUUCGCCGGCAGCGGCGGCUUCCUUCCCGACGAUGCCGACCCGUCCACCAGCCUCUCGUCCCUCCUCCCGACCCCCGCCCCGCUCACCAACCGCCUCCCGACGCCUCCCCCACCGCCGUCGCGCAUCCCGCUCGCGCGCAUCCCGGCCGCCCUGCGCGACCUCGGCCUGCACCGCGUCGGCCUCGCCGGCGCCGAGCUCAUCGCGCUCUUCGACGACGUCGCGUCCGAAGACGAGGAUGACCCGAUGCGCGGCCGCAGCGUGCGCCGCGAGCGCUUCGUCGAGGCGUGCGAGGUGCUGCUCGGCGACGACGAGCCGCCCUCGGCCGAGGAGAAGGACGACGAGCGGGAGGAGCAGGGAGAGGAGGACGACCUCGGGCUCGGCGAGGGCAGGCGCAGGCGGCGCCAGCCGACGAGGCAGCAGCCGUCGCGCAGGUCCACGCGCGGUCGGCGCGCCGCGCAGGAGGAGGACGUCGAGGACGAGGCCGACGAGGCGCAGGACGGCGUCGUCGAGAAGGACUUUGGCGUCGAGGUCGAGAUCGACGACGACGAGUCGUCCUCGUCCUUUGCGUCCGAGUCGGACGUCGCCAUCGACGACGACGACGACGACAUCGCUGUGACGACCAAGGGCAAGAAGGCGGCGGGCAAGAAGGGCGCCAAGGGUCGUCGCACCGCCGUCAAGGGCGACCCGUCCCGCCCGCUCUCGAAGCAGGACCUCGCCGACGCGUCCGACUCGUUCGACCUCUUCUUCGACGAGUCGCCGCAGCUCGCGUUCGGGCAGCAGGAGCGCGCCAUCACGCUCAUGGAGCUACAGCGCGCUUGCAGGGUCCUCAAGGAGAAGAUGACCGACGGCGACCUCAACGAGAUGCUCGAGUACGCGGCAAAGAACAAGGGCGUUGUCGACCUCGAGGCGUUCGCCCGCAUCCUCGUCGAGACGGGCCUGUAGCGAGUUCUCUCUGCCGCUUGCCCACGAGCCGCUUUCCAGU